AGUCGGUAGGAAGUAUGUUCGUAAAAUAAUAAUAAUUAAAAAAAAUAAAUACGUACAUACAUAGAACUCUCCCUUAAACGGCGAAAAUUGCUACUAUAGCAUACACUUUGAAUUUGAACGUUUUAGGAAGUAGGCCAAUCUCUUAUAGUCUUUGUGUCACUGGUGUGCUGGUCGGAUGUAUUUUAUGUGCGGGGCGUAUUGGACAGCAUGUAGCAGUGCAGUAACUUUGGAGGCAAAAGAAUGAGAGAAAAAAUAAAUAAAUUAAAUAAAAUCGACACCCAUAAAAAGUAAUAUUUAUAUUUAAUAAGGGAAAUCGAUAUGGCCAGUCCGAGUGCAGGAGGUUCUGAGCUCGAUGGAGUACUAGGAGAAGGGAAAUCGCAGACCGGGGCAGCCGGAGAUGAGAGAUUAACCUCGGCUGCACCUCGACUCGAAGAGCCGCCGCCGCCCCCCCGCAGCACGGCUGUCCUGUCUUUGCCGCAGCAUCGCCGUAUGGUGUGCGCUGAGUACCCGUGUCGGGUGCUGAAUGUGGGGAAGAUGCUGGAGACGCUCGGGGGCGAGGAAGGGAUGUCCAGAACCUACGCCGAUCCUUCCAAGCGCCUGGAGCUGUACUUCCGCCCGCGGGACCCCUACUGUCACCCCGUGUGCGGGAACCGCUUCCCCUCCACCAGCAUGCUGCUGCGGGUCCGGAGACGAGUCCCCAAACCCCGGGGCCAGGGGGACGGAGCACCCCCUGCAGGAGACACCGCGCAGCAGAGCCAGAUCGACAUGGAGAUACUGGGGGUCAUCUGCACCACAUACAAGUUUCAAGGGCUGGCUGAUUUUCAGUACCUGGCUGUGCACACGGAAGCCGAGGGCACCCAGAGCUCCAUGUACAAUAAGAUCCUGCUGCGGCGCCCAGAGAAGAAAGAGUUCUUCGAUCAAGAAAUGCCUCUCUACAUCCCCCCGCCCAUCUUCUCACGCCUCGAUAACCCUGUCGAUUACUUCUACCGGCCUGACAUCCAGCACAGGGAAGGGUACCUGCCCCCCCAGCUGUCCAGCGAGAAUCUGAUUGGCUUGAGCCGCGCCCGGCGCCCCCACAACGCGAUCUUUGUGAAUUUCGAGGACAAGACGGUCCCAACCGAGGCCCUGGAGGCCGCCGUGCUGAACUGGAAGCGUGUCUGCAGCAACCCCAACGAGCAGCAGAGCGAGGAGGAGCUGCGGCAGCUGUUUCAGUCACGACCCGUCUGGUCCCGGAACGCGGUGAAGGCAAACCUGGAGAUCCACCCCGAGAAACUGAAGCUGCUGCUGCCUUACGUUGCCUACUACAUGCUCACCGGCCCCUGGAGGAGUCUGUGGGUCCGGUUUGGCUAUGAUCCCAGGAAGGACCCCAAGGCAAAGGCGUACCAGGUCUUGGAUUUCAGGAUCCGCUGCGGAAUGAAACACGGCUACGCUCCGAACGACAUGCCAGUGAAGGCUAAGAGGAGCACCUACAACUACAGCCUGCCAGUCACCAUCAAGAAGGCAGUGCCGCAGCCAGCCAGCUUGCAGGAGUUCACCCAGGGGCUGACCAUCUCCAGCACGACCAGCGGCAGGAAGCCCGCCCCCUCCAGGUACAAACUCAAAGAGUCUGCGUAUGUUUUCCGUGAGGCGACCCUGCCUCCCUACAGACAGAUGUUUUACCAGCUGUGCGAUCUGAAGGUGGAAAGGCUGACGAAGAUCAUCCAUCGCAACGACGGCGAGGAGUCUGAGUGCACGGAGCGGGACGGCUGGUGCCUGCCCAAGACCAACGACGAACUGCGAGACAUCAUGUCCAGCAUGAUCAAGCAGAUCAUCCGCUCCAAGAGACCAGCUCUAUUCCCCACCAAGACCAAGUCAUCGGGUAAGGAGCAGGGGCUGUUGGAGCUGGAGAGUGGAGAGGAGGAGGAGGAGGAAGACGAGGAGGAAGAGGAGUUCCAGCCCUCGGAGGGGAGCGAGAACGAGAUGGAGACUGAAAUCCUGGAUUACAUGUGACUCCCCCCCCCCCCCCCCCCCUCUUCCUAUAUAGAGGAAGUCGUUGAAAUUGUGCUGUAUUGGCAGCACCUGAUCUUUUUGUUUUUUUGUAAAGAUGUGAACUUGCAGCGCAGUUUGGACAGGUCAUGUGUUUUACACACAGCUGUACCUUCACUAAGCAGGGUUGUAAAGCCUUGACAGGUACAGGUGAGACGCUGAGCAGUCCAUACCUGACUGAAACAGGGACAGAUUAUUGGGGGUGAGUCAACUCAAGGUUAAUGCCUUGAAUCUCAAAACCUGCAGAAUUGUAACAGAAUGAAACUACUGGGAACAAUAUCCACUUGUUUGCUUGUCGCAUUCGCUUUAUUCCCCUCCAAUAAUUUUUUUUACAAGUGGAUUUCUGUACCACCGUUUCAAAAUUUAAAUAAAGAUCUUGUUUGCUA